AUGAAUAAUAAUAAUAAUAAUAAUAAUAAUAAUAAUAAUAAUAAUAAUAAUAAUAACAAUAAUAAUAGUAAUAAUAAUGAUAAUAAUUAUAAAAAUAAUAGUAAUAACAGUAAUAAUAAAAAUAAUAAUAAUAAUAAUAAUAAUGAUGAUAACAAUAGUAGUAAUAAUAAUAAUAAUAAUAAUAAUAAUAAUAAUAAUAAUAAUAAUAAUAGUAAUAAUAAUAAUAAUAAUAAUAAUAAUAAUAGUAAUAAUAAUAAUAAUAAUAAUGAUAAAAAUGAUAGCACAAAUAAUAAUUUAAGUAAUAUAAGUAAUUUAAAUAAUAAAUUUAAUUUUAAUAACAAUGAUGAUAUCAUUGAUAGUGAAUGUGAUAAUAAUUAUGAAAGCUAUAAUAAUAAUAAUAAUAAUAAUAAUAAUAAUAAAAAUAAUAAUAAUAAUAUAAAUGAUGAUAAUCGGCCACUAGUACCGAAAAUAUUAAAUAUUCACAAUUGUAUCGUGCAUAGUAAUAGUAAUAGUAGUAAUAGUUUAAUUGAACAAUCAUCAUUCCCUGGUACUCCUAAAAAAAGAAGAUUCAUUGAUUAUUUAGAUGAUGAAAACGAAGAGGACAUUGAUUACAAUGAAGAAAAUUACCACAGUAUUAAAAACCAUAACCAUCACCAUCAUAUUCACAAUUAUAACCAUAACUAUAAUCAACAUAGCAUAAAUGAUGAUAAUAAUCGUCAUAUUCAUAAUAAUAAUAAUAAUAAUAAUAAUAAUAAUAAUAAUAAUAAUAAUAAUAAUAUUAAUAAUCAUAAUAAUAUGAAUGAUAGAAUUGAUCAUAACGAUUGUACAUUAGUAAAUAAUUUAACACCAAGGGAUGAUCAAAACUAUUUAAAAAAUAAUAGCAAUUUAGAAUUUGUAAAUAAAAACAAUCAAGCCAAUAAUAUUUUUAAUAAUAAUAAUAACAAUAAUAACAAUAAUAAUAAUAAUUUUUAUAAUAAUCCAUUUUUGAACCAAAUACCAUCAUUACCCUUUUCAUCUUUAUCUGAUAAUAAUGGUGAUGAUGAUGAUGAUGGAAUUGAUGAUGGAAUUGAUGAUGGUAUUGAUGAUGGUAUUGAUGAUAUUGAUCAAGAAUUUACUUAUAAUAAUUAUGAACAGUACGAUAAAGAAAUUGAUUCAGAUUUUGAUAGUGAAAUUUCAAAUUCAUUUCAUCAAAAUCAAUCGCCAUGUAAUAAUAGUUUCAAAAAUAAUAAUAAUAAUAAUAAUAAUAAUAAUAAUAAUAAUAAUAAUAAUAAUAAUAAUAAUAAUAAUAAUAAUAAUAAUAAUAAUAAUAAUAAUAAUAGUAAUAAUGGUUCAACAUCUACAUCAUCAUCACCUUGUAUAUUUUCAUCAUCCUUUUCACCCUCAAGGGCAACCAUAUCACCAAAUCGUUUUAAAAAGUCUUAUAAAAGUUUAAAUAGGCCUUUAAAAAAAUUUUAUGAAGAAACUUCAUUAUCACAAUCAUCAACUACCACUAUUUCAACCUCAACCACAAUAAGUGAAGUCUUUAAUGAAAAAUCUUAUAGUUUUAGCAGUUUUGGUAGUAAUAGUUUCAGUAGUUUAAAUAUCAAAAAUUUAAAUAAUAAUAAUAAUAAUAAUAAUAAUAAUAAUAAUAAUAAUAAUAAUAAUAAUAAUAAUAAUAAUAAUAAUAAUAAUAAUAAUAAUAGGAAAGUUUGUUUUUUAAAUAAAGAAAUAGAAAUAUCGUUAGCUCAAGAACCUAAUGAUGAACAAAAUAAAACAAAAAAAGAGUUGGAAGAAGUAAAAGAAGAGGAAGAAGAGGAAGAAGAAGAAAUAUCAACAAUUGAAUCUGAAAAGAAUAAAGAUAUUAUGAUGGAUUUUUAUCAUAAUACUUUAUCAAAAUUUUCAGAGUUUAAAAUAUAUGAUCAAGAUGAACCUGAAUUAUUGGAAUUUGAAAAUAAUAAUGAAAAUAAUAAUAAUAACGACCAAGAUUAUCAUUAUCAUUCUUUUAUUAAUGGAAGAGUAAAUCGUCAAAGUAAUAAUGAUUUAGAUAGAUUUAAUACUCAAACCUUUAAUCGCUACAAUAGAUCAAUUAAUCCAAUGGCAUUACUUUUAGAGAAACAAGGUGGUGAUGAUCCUGAAGAUAGUAGUGAUAGUGAUAGUGAUAGUGAUAGUAAUAGUAAUAGUGAUAGUAGUGAUUUGGGAAAUAUUACUGUCAGAAAAUGGAAACCUGUUGAAAUUACAAACUCCACCACUACUGACGAAUCAAAUGUUAUAAAAGUUUUUAAAAAUAAUAAAAAUAUAAACCAAUAA